AUGUCCGCGUUGAUCAAUUCUCGAAUAUCUCUCUGUCGAAAUAAUGUCCAUCCCCGCGUCCUACCAAGCGUUCCGGCGUGCCCCAGGAGGAAGGCCAAAACUGUCGUCCCGGCGGUCGAGAAGACUCCUUCGCUACAGCCCAACGAGGUCCUGAUUAAAGUCCACGCGGUUUCCCUGAACUACAGAGAUGUCGGAAUGCUGCAUGGCAAGUACCCCGUCUCCGUUAAGGACCAGGGUAUCCCAGCGUCCGACUGUGCCGGGGAGGUGGUGGCUGUGGGAUCAGCCGUCGAAAAGGUCUCCGUUGGAGACCGUGUGUCACCUGUCUUCGACAUGAAAUAUCUCAAAGACACGGAUCCGCAAAAUGAAGUCGCCCAACUUGGGGGCAACAUUGAUGGGGUUUUGCAGCAAUACGCAGUGUUCGACGAGAACGUGCUCGUUCACACCCCACAACACCUGUCCUGGGAGGAGGCUGCAUGCAUCACUUGUGCCGGCACCACGGCGUGGAACUCCCUGACGAUGCCAAUUGACCAGGGCCGCAAACUCACUGCGUUGAUGCUCGACAAAAAGCUUCAGGAUAUCGCAGCCCUUGCUCCCGACGGGGCUAUUGAUGUUAUCAACUAUAGGAGCCAUCCUGACUGGGAGAAAGAAGUUCUCCGACGGACCAAUGGAAGGGGCGUUGACAUUGUGCUGGAAACAGUGGGAGGCACCAGCAUCAAGAAGAGUAUCUCGUCGCUGGCCAAGCGAGGUGUUAUAUCCUGGGUUGGUUGGAACUGGACGGGUUCUCGGAAGCUUUGGGCCACCUCUUCCUGA